AUGCAAUACAAAAAGUCAUUAGUCGCCUCCGCCUUAGUUACCACAUCUUUAGCUGCCUAUGCUCCGAAGGACCCAUGGUCCACUUUAACUCCAUCAGCUACUUAUAAGGGUGGUAUAACUGAUUAUUCUUCUACUUUCGGUAUUGCUGUCGAACCAAUUGCCACCACUGCUUCCUCCAAGGCUAAGAGAGCCGCCGCUAUCUCUCAAAUAGGCGAUGGUCAAAUUCAAGCUACUACCAAAACCACUGCCGCUGCUGUCUCUCAAAUUGGUGACGGUCAAAUUCAAGCUACCACUAAGACCAAAGCCGCUGCUGUCUCUCAAAUAGGCGACGGUCAAAUUCAAGCUACUACUAAGACCACUGCUGCUGCUGUCUCUCAAAUAGGCGACGGUCAAAUUCAAGCCACCACUAAGACCAAAGCCGCUGCUGUCUCUCAAAUAGGCGACGGUCAAAUUCAAGCCACCACUAAGACCAAAGCCGCUGCUGUCUCUCAAAUAGGCGACGGUCAAAUUCAAGCCACCACUAAAACAACUGCUGCUGCUGUCUCUCAAAUUGGUGACGGUCAAAUCCAAGCCACUACUAAAACCACUGUCGCUCCAGUUUCCCAAAUCACUGAUGGUCAAAUCCAAGCCUCAACUCUAACUUCUGCAACUAUUAUACCAUCUCCAGCUCCAGCUCCAAUUACCAAUGGUACUGACCCAGUAACUGCUGAAACAUGCAAGAGCAGUGGUACCUUAGAAAUGAACCUAAAGGGGGGUAUCUUGACUGAUGGAAAGGGUAGAAUCGGUUCUAUUGUUGCCAACAGACAGUUCCAAUUCGAUGGUCCUCCACCACAAGCUGGUGCUAUCUAUGCUGCUGGUUGGUCCAUCACCCCAGAAGGUAACUUGGCUAUCGGUGAUCAAGACACUUUUUACCAAUGUUUGUCAGGUAACUUCUACAACUUAUACGACGAGCAUAUUGGAACCCAAUGUAAUGCAGUCCACUUACAAGCUAUCGAUUUGGUUAACUGCUAA